GGGGGUGAGUCGAGCCAAAAAUAUUCUGGGACAACCACAAGAUACUUUUUCAAGCUCUGCAGAUCAUGGCGGACUACGAUAUGAUCCUGAAGCACUGGGGUCCAGUGGAGGCAGAUUACUCCACCUAUGGAAACCUGGUUCUGACCCGCCUAUUUACCGAGCACCCAGAAACUCAGAAGCUCUUCCCCAAGUUCGUCAGCAUUCCCCACGGUGACCUGGCCGGAAACGCAGCCGUUUCUGCCCACGGAGCCACUGUGCUGAAGAAGCUCGGCGAGCUGCUGAAGGCUAAAGGCAACCACGCUGCCAUCCUCAAACCUCUGGCCAACAGCCAUGCGACCAAGCACAAGAUUCCCAUCAAUAACUUCAGGCUGAUUACUGAGGUGAUUGUUAAAGUACUGGCAGAGAAGGCAGGACUGGACGGUGCCGGACAGCAGGCCCUGAGGAACGUCAUGGCCGCCGUCAUCGCGGACAUGGACGCCGGUUACAAAGAGUUGGGCUUUGCUGGAUAAACAACGAGACCAAGCGUCAUGCUUAGAUCUUUCCAGAACCAGAUAAUCUUCUACUUGCAAGAGCUUUUUUUUUUCCAAAGACACCGCUCUUUAUAAUCAAACUGCUGAUGAUAGUUCUCUGACUCAUUUACUUACGAAAAAGUCAUAUUAAGUUCAACAAUCGUGUUUUAUUAGUAGAAUUAAAGCGCUAAUCUGUAUUAAAUCAAACAAGUCUUCGAGAUUUCUGCAGAUAUUACCUGAAUUCUUGGGAAAAGUGUUUAUAAUCACUUUAAUUCAUUGUCUGAUUUUACUAAUAAAACUGUUGCUCUUUG